AUGACAACGCCUUGGGAUUUCAGAUCGCCAUCCGCCUCCGCUCGUUCGAUCCUCGCAUCUUUGAGAGGUGGCUGGAGAACAGGACAAAACCCCCGGGAAGCUCACUAUGCCCUGUCGGCAGUGUACGAACUGCAUCGAGCUGGAGUUCUCGACGACGUGAAGGCCCAAGGCAUCCAUCCCAAUGCGGUGUACUGGCGCCAUCCUGACGGCACCUUCAUCGCGAGCAUUCGAAGUCGGUUCGACAUGGAAUUCCCCAUGGAUUGCCUGCCUCUGGAUCAGCUCGAUAUCCUCCCCUUGCGACAUCCUCCGGCUCAACCAGAAAACGAAUGA